AUGCAUCCUGGGUCUGACCCAAUGGGUGCACCUCCUAGCUUUGCAGCGCGGAGACCUCACGCCCAGCAACUCGGCAGUUUUGAGCUGCCACCGCCACCGAUGCACAAAUAUCCUUUCAGCAACACUGUUACCGCUUCACAGUCGCAGCAGUCUCCAGUCACUAUUGCCAGCGUUGGCAACCUCCUGACUCCACCAAACACUAAUCACAGUGACGUGAUAAGCUCAACUGGAGUUUCAGCAGCUGGCUCACAAUAUUCCACAACAAUGGCCUAUUCCAACGGCCAGUACAUCUACUCUCCGCCUGCGCAAGCAUCCGCUGCGCAGUAUGGCUAUCAGGCUGCGCAUCACCAGCAGAACCAAUACGGACAAGCCCGAGGAGGUAUGUUCGCUCCGUCGCGUGGUGAGGGCCAGCUCGGACGACAGGACUCACUAGGCAAAGGGCUGAAUCCGCCACCAUAUGAAAUGACCCAGCAACUUCCACCUUUUACGCCUUCGUCCAACGGAUCAAGCAUGCCUUCCAUCUCUACACAGCAUCACCACCAUCAGCAGAUGAUGGGUAAUCAAACCCCCGUCUCCUCUUCGGGACCACAGCAGUCGCCCGCUCUCAGCCAGGACUCGUUCAGGCCACCUCAGCCCCCAACCCCUACUUACAGCUACCAUAACUCAGGAACACCGCAACACUCAAACUUUCCCUACUCGACUGGACCAUCGCCAACCUUGAGUCAGCAGCAAAGCCCCAUCAGCGCUGGUGGUUCGAUGCAGCGCAUGUCGCCAGCUGUGUCGCAGGGCCCGAUCCCAUCGAUCCCAUCCAACAACCCAGCGCACUCUCCUUAUCAAUACCAGCAAAGGCCAUCUUUGCAGUAUGGAGGAGGACAGGCGCCUGUCUUUUCCAAUGUUCAGAACCCUGCCGGAGGCCUUGCGCUUGUUGGACACCCCGGCAUGAUGUCUGGCUUCAACAGUGGACACGCUGCGCAGAUGCCACACUUCCUGGGACAUCCCCAGCACCAACCACCAACUGCCAACGAUCGUCCAUUCAAGUGUGAUCAGUGCCCACAGAGCUUCAACAGGAAUCACGAUCUGAAGCGUCACAAGAGGAUACAUCUUGCGGUCAAGCCUUUCCCUUGCAACCACUGUGAUAAGAGUUUUUCUAGGAAAGAUGCGCUCAAGAGACACAUCCUCGUCAAAGGCUGUGGAAAAGUUGUCGGCGAAAACGACACCAAGCGCGAAAGUCACUCUCCACGGGCAGAAGAUCUGAAAUCCCACUCAUAA